GUCUGAGCUCUGGUAGGUCCACAAUGGUACAGCCAGCAUCUUGCAGCAGCACAAUGGUUGCAAGGUGGUGAGCCGAGGAGGGGGGGAGGAGGAGAGUGAAUCAGCAUCAGCAGUCCUCGGUUCCGUCCGUUUCUCUGCUUCUUUUAUUUCUUCAUCACCUUCUUUUUUCGUAUUUUUGUCUCUUUUUUCCCCUUGGGUUGUUUGUUUCCUCCGCCGUCGUCUGCAUGAACGUUUCCAUUACGCGCCCAGCCAUGGUCUCCACGGUGUUCCUAGUCGGGAUGUUUUGAACAGGACUGGUAACGGACUGGGAUCGUCAUCAGCUGGCACGGAGGAAUGGUAUUUAUGAGCAGACAUUUCUUAUAUAACUGCAGCCAACCAGUCCUGGAUGUAAAGAUAGCCUUUUGUCAGGGUUUCGGAAAACAAGUGGAUGUGUCAUAUAUUGCCAAACAUUACAACAUGAGCAAAAGCAAAGUGGACAACCAGUUCUACAGUGUGGAAGUGGGAGACUCUACCUUCACAGUUUUAAAACGGUACCAGAAUUUAAAGCCCAUUGGCUCUGGAGCUCAGGGAAUCGUUUGUGCGGGCUAUGAUGCUGUCCUGGACAGAAAUGUAGCCAUUAAGAAGCUGAGCAGACCCUUCCAGAACCAGACCCACGCCAAGAGGGCUUACCGGGAGUUGGUGCUCAUGAAAUGUGUCAAUCACAAAAAUAUAAUCAGUUUAUUAAAUGUCUUCACGCCACAGAAAUCAUUAGAGGAAUUUCAGGAUGUGUACCUGGUGAUGGAGCUUAUGGACGCCAACUUAUGCCAGGUGAUUCAGAUGGAGCUGGACCACGAGCGAAUGUCCUACCUGCUCUACCAGAUGUUGUGUGGUAUCAAACAUCUGCACUCAGCCGGCAUAAUUCACAGGGAUCUCAAACCAAGCAAUAUAGUAGUGAAGUCUGACUGCACCCUCAAGAUCCUGGACUUUGGCCUGGCCAGAACCGCAGGCACUAGUUUCAUGAUGACCCCGUAUGUGGUGACACGGUACUACAGAGCCCCAGAGGUCAUCCUGGGUAUGGGAUACAAAGAGAACGUGGAUAUUUGGUCGGUGGGAUGCAUUAUGGGAGAAAUGGUGCGCCACAAAAUCCUGUUCCCAGGCCGGGACUACAUCGACCAGUGGAACAAGGUGAUCGAGCAGCUGGGCACACCAUCACCAGAGUUCAUGAAGAAGCUCCAGCCCACAGUGAGGAACUAUGUGGAGAACCGACCAAAGUACGCAGGCCUCACUUUCCCCAAGCUCUUCCCUGACUGCCUUUUCCCCGCUGACUCCGAGCACAACAAACUCAAAGCAAGUCAGGCCAGAGACCUGCUGUCUAAGAUGCUGAUCAUUGAUCCAGCUAAACGGAUAUCAGUGGAUGAGGCGUUACAACACCCGUACAUCAACGUGUGGUACGACCCAGCUGAGGUGGAGGCGCCUCCACCUCAGAUCUACGACAAGCAGCUGGAUGAACGAGAACACUCUAUAGAUGAGUGGAAAGAAUUAAUCUAUAAAGAAGUGAUGAACUUUGAGGAGAGAACGAAGAAUGGCGUUGUGAAGGGACAACCUUCACCUUCAGCACAGGUGCAGCCGUGAACAGCAGCGAGAGCCUCCCUCCCUCCUCCUCCAUCAACGACAUCUCCUCCAUGUCCACCGACCAGACCCUGGCCUCAGACACCGACAGCAGCCUGGAGACCUCAGCGGGACCCCUGGGGUGUUGCAGGUGACUAUCCGCCUGCCUGCGCAACCCCACAUUCUUCAGACGGUGAAGAACCCAACGGAUAUGACCAUCAAAAGAAAAAAAUAAAAGAAAAACAGAUUAAACAAAAAAAAACAUUAAAUAUAAACGAUCGAAACAGAAUUUGAAAAAUGAUGAAACAGCCUGUGCGUUGUCACUCCAAAGCAACAGUGGUAUUUAAGCUGAAGUAAACGAGCUGAGAUAUAUGUUACCGAUCAUCUAGUUGCUUUGCUGCAAAUCUUGUAUAUGGCAUCCAAAUAAAAUUGACCAAGUGCGUAGACUUGCAUCUCCUGUAAAGUGCAUUUUGGCUGGCUUCUGGUUUCACGAAAGUGUUUACGGUUGAACAUUGUGGCAAGGUGGGCUGCCAUUGUGCUCACCACUACUGCUAAAACAAGCUUUCUCUAGUUCUGUAUUUAACAACGUUGAUUUAUUUAAACACUCCCACCUCUACAACCCACAAUCUUGAAUGUUAGGUUGCCUGAUAUGUGAUUUUUUUUUUAAAUGUGAUGCGUUUUCAGGGACGUGUAGUCACUAUCACCUACAGCUCCAUGUAAAUACUGUAAUUCUGUACAGCUGAAGGGCAGCCAGAGUGGGACUGAUGGCCAGUACACUGGGAGUUUUUGUGUUUCUUUUCUGUUUCCUAACAAGCGCACACCUUGCCACAUCAUUUCUGUCCACCUAGGUUGCUCCCGCCUAUUGCUGUAGUCGUGCAUGAUUAGAUUUAAACAACGCUAAUCUCACUGUAUGCUAAAAAAAAAAAAACGAGUCUCUAUAAAGACAUUUGUUAUGUACAAUGUAAACUAACCACUGCAGACACGAAGGGAUGAAAAGAUUUAUAAUCAGGCUUGAGUUCAGGGCCUAAAGAGUGAGCACGCUCAGACUGUGCUCAGUGUUUGAAAGGAGGAACCUCCCGUUGGUCCCUCCACCACCCCACAGGCUGACCCGCGGUGCAUCAUCUACAGGUCUCUCUUUUACUUUUACCUGUCUCAAUGAGAUUUCCAGUUUAAAUAAAAGUCAAUUAAACAUAAAUAAAUAAUCAUCACUGCGUUAAACACUUAUAGAACCCCAAAGGAGGGAAAUCCAAUCGUCUGUGGUGACGUCCCCUUUUAUUUGACUCCUUAAAAACCUUCCAAGAUAAAAGUGAUACAGUGGGGAGUUUUAAAGCGAGGCAACGAGUGUUAACUUUGUAGCAAUGACUUUUCUUGGUAAAACAAGAAAAUGUGCGUCCUGUCAACACAUUAUUUUAUCACAUAAAUGCAACUAGUUGGAGCUCUAUGCUGACUGCUUGAUUUCUCAGCAGCUCAUUUAUGACUUUAUGCUCAUGGGUGGAAUCUGUUUUCUGAAGGGAGCACUGCAGAUGCAAAAAAUGCACUAUUUCACUAUUGAAUAUAUUUGUUAUGCUGUGCACGGGCACAUGCACAAAUGCUUGUGUGCAUUUUUACACUGCAAGUCUGUGCAGAUGCAGAACAUUGUUUCUCUCCGUGCAUCAUUCAGUUUUUGAUUUGGAUCAUUUCUAGCUCUAAUUUCCACAAAUAGGUUAUUUUAAAUUGGAAAAAGUGAACGUGUGUUAUAUUGAUCUACAGCUGGGGUCACAGACCACCAAGUGGGGGAUCCUGAAGCGAUUUAUAGGAGUCAAAAUAACUAAAAAAAA